AUGCCCGGCUUCUCGCAAACCAGCGACCUUCCUGCCUGGAAGGAGCUCCAGGAGCACCACACUACCUUGGGACGCAACCUAGUCCUCAAGGAUCAGUUCCAAAAAGACCCUAAGCGCUUCGAGAACUUCAGCCACAAGUUUGCCAACACAGUAGAUAACACAGAGAUCCUUUUCGAUUUCUCUAAGAACUUCCUUACCCAGGAGACUGUCUCUCUUUUGGUCCAGCUCGCCAAGGAGGCUAACGUUGAGGAGCUCCGUGAUGCCAUGUUCCGUGGUGACCACAUUAACUUCACCGAGGACCGUGCUGUCUACCACGCUGCUCUGCGCAAUGUUGCCAAUGAGCCCAUGCAGGUUGAUGGCAAGAGCGUGGUUGAGGAGGUUAACUCCGUGCUGGAGCACAUGAAGGAGUUCUCCGAGCAGGUCCGCAGCGGCGAGUGGAAGGGUUACACCGGCAAAAAGAUCAACACCAUCAUCAACAUUGGUAUCGGUGGUUCCGACCUUGGCCCUGUAAUGGUUACCGAGGCUCUCAAGCCCUACGGCCACCCCGACAUUAAGCUCCACUUUGUCUCCAACAUUGACGGCACCCACAUCGCUGAGGCGCUCAAGGACUCCGACCCGGAGACCACCCUGUUCCUGAUUGCCUCCAAGACCUUUACCACCGCAGAGACCUGCACCAACGCCAACACCGCCAAGAGUUGGUUCCUCAAGUCUGCCAAGGAAGAUUCCCACAUUGCUAAGCACUUUGUGGCCCUGUCGACCAACGAGUCCGAGGUCACCAAAUUUGGCAUUGAUGCCAAGAACAUGUUCGGAUUCGAGUCAUGGGUGGGUGGACGUUACUCCGUAUGGAGUGCCAUUGGCCUCUCUGUCGCUCUAUACAUCGGUUACGACAACUUCCACCAAUUCUUGGCUGGUGCCCAGGCCAUGGACAAGCACUUCCGGGAGACCCCCUCGAGAAGAACAUCCCCGCUCUUGGUGACCCACCUGGUUGCUCCCUUCGAUCAGUACCUGCACCGCUUCCCCGCCUACCUACAGCAGCUGUCCAUGGAGAGUAACGGAAAGGCCAUCACUCGCACUGGUGAAUACGUCAAGUACACCACCGGACCCAUCCUGUUCGGUGAGCCUGCCACCAACGCCCAGCACAGCUUCUUCCAACUUCUCCACCAAGGCACCAAGCUCAUCCCUGCUGAUUUCUUGAUGGCGGCUGAGUCGCACAACCCCGUCGAGGGUGGCAAGCACCAGCGCAUGCUGGCUGCUAACUUCCUUGCUCAAUCCGAAGCUUUGAUGGUUGGAAAGACCCCUGCUCAGGUCAAGGCAGAGGGCGCUGCUGAGGAGCUUGUUGCUCACAAGACUUUCUUGGGUAACCGUCCCACUACCUCUAUUUUGGCUCAAAAGAUCACUCCCUCUACUCUGGGUGCUCUGAUCACCUACUACGAGCACGUCACCUUCACCGAGGGUGCUGUUUGGAACAUCAACUCAUUCGACCAGUGGGGUGUCGAGUUGGGCAAGGCUCUUGCCAAGAACAUCCAAGGCGAGCUGGAGACUGCUGGCGCGGGUGCUGACCACGACAGCUCAACCAGUGGCCUGUUGCUUGCUUUCAAGCAGAAGGCGAACCUGUCUUAG